AUGCCAAGAACUAUUAUUCCAAUGGAGAAAACCACCACGAUUAUCAGAACUUCAGUCUAUACUUUCUUGCAAAACUAUCAAUACUUCACAACUACUGUUGCAUUUCUUGCCUUUCCUUUUUCUGCUUCGAUUCUAGUCUCUCAAGUUUUUCUUACUUCUUCUUCUUCUUCUUCUUCUUUAUUGCCAUCCAUUUAUAAUCGCCUCAAGACUUUGUUUCAAGCUGCAGGCUUCCCUCCCUCUUCAGAGUUUUUCACUAUUCUCAGUCUCAAGCUCUCGCAAACUCUCUCUUCUUCAAUCUUUACUCUUCCUUUCACCCUCACCUUUUUACUCCUCGCGAAAGCUUCCAUAAUUCAAGCCUUGAAACAACACCACCAUAAAGUAUCAUCUUCGCCGCCUUCUUUUUCUUCCAUUUUUUCGCUUUUUAAUCCUCUGUUUUUUACCCAUAUAUGCAACUCUUUCCUGAUCCUCUCCGCCAACGCCACAGUCUUUGCUGUCUUCUUCUUCGCCUUCAACUUUCUCGAAGGAACCCGUUUCUCUUCUUCUCCGAAUUGGCUCCUCUUCUUGUCAGCAACAGGAGCAGUUCUAUAUUCAAUUGUUCUUGCAAACGCCCUCAUAAUAUGCAACUUAGCAUUGGUUAUUUCCGGGAUGGAGAAAACAACCGGAUAUAUGGCGAUUCUUAAGGCUUGUGUUCUUAUAAGAGGAAGAACUUCAACAGUACUUUCACUAGCUUUACCUGUAAACUUACUCCUGGCGGGUAUCGAAGCCUUGUUCCAAUACCGAAUUCUAAGAGUAUAUCAUCAUGGUAGAAUUCCUGACCUUUCGAUGGGUUCGGAGGGAGUGUUAAUCGCUUACUUGUAUUCAAUUUCUGUUGUUCUUGACACUGUUGUGAGCUGCAUAUUCUAUAAAAGCUGCAAGACAAGUUGCUUGAUUGAACAAGAAGGGAGAUACUCAUAUCAGAUCGAAAUCGCAGAAGGAGAAACAGGUGAUUAUGUGAGUGUAAAGAAUAUUGAAGAACUUCCAUAG